AUGCUACCAAUUAACAUUGAUUCUACUCGUAUACCAUUAAUUAAUGAUUUUUAUUAUUACAUAAUACAUCGUUUUCUUAAUAAUUUAGAUGAAGGAAUUAGUAAUCGCAAAUUCCAAUAUAUUCUAGAACAAAGGAAUCGAACACCAGAAUUACUUCUUCCAAUGGCAUCCGCAGCAAUUCAAUUAAAACAAAAAGUUCUUUCGUUUUGGUUUAAAGGUUUCAAAAAUGGAGAGAUACUUCCGCUUUCUUUAAUACAAUUUUGGUUCUCCGGUGGAGCAACAGUAGAUACCGAAUGCAGAAAGCAUUUUAGCAAAGAUUUGGAAGAUAUUUUUGAGAAAAGAAUGUAUAUUGAUGAUUUGAAAAAAACUCCAGAGGGAACCCUAAAUUUAGCGAUCUUACUCGAUCAACUUCCUCGUAAUAUAUUUCGUGGAACUGCAAGACCGUUUGUCGAUUUUGACCCACUCGCAUCGGAAAUUGCCAAAUAUUGCAUUCAUCGUAAAUGGGAUGAACAAUUGGACCCGAUUCAAAGAGAAUUCAUUUAUUUGCCACUAGAACAUUCCGAGAAAAUGGAAGAUCAGGAUCUCAGUUUACAGAAACAUAAGUGGCAAGUUGAUACCACCCCUGAGAUUUAUUCGGAGACGUUGAAAAGUUUCCUUGCUUACGCCGAAUCCCAUAGAAACAUAAUUAAACGAUUUGGUAGAUUUCCUCAUAGGAAUAAAAUCUUGGGGAGAAAACCUACAAAAGAAGAGAUAGAUUUUCUUGAACAAGGUGGCGAAACAUUUGAUUCAACAAUUAUUUAA